ACCGUGGAUAGUCUGAUACAAAAGACGGUGGAGUGUUGUGCGAGAACGAAGGGGGUAGAGUGCGAGACACUUCAGUGCGUAGCGCACGAAUUAAAGGAAAGGAAAGAGAACUUGGCCGCUGAUGAUUCAAGAAUCUUUCCUGAUAUCCGCAAGACGACUCACGCUCGGAAGUUGAAGGAGCUUCUGCAACAGCAGCAUCCGACUAGAUACGCGUUGCCAUAUGUAGAUAAGCAUGCUAGUAUUAUCUUCGGGCGGUCAAGCUCCGGUUUGGAAAAUAAAUGA